AUAAAUUAUUUUGGGGUUUUGGAUUGGCACUUUGGAUGAGAUUUUGAGAACGCGGAGUUGAUGCAGAGUUUCAAUGGCGACUUACUCCAUACCAAAUACUCUCCCCAAGUUCUCUCCCAUGGCUGUACCUGCCGCCAUCACUGUUUCUUCUCCUUUGUUUACUCUAAUUGCAUCGCAACAGAGAAUAACAGUUCCCAGAAAACUCUCUGCUAAAGCCACGAAAACCCUCUCACCAGCUUCACCGCCGACGCUCUCAAGCUCUGCUUCGAUGGCCAUGAGUACAACAGCUCCAUCUACGCCUCUCAAGAAGGUUCUGGUUCCUAUUGGAUUUGGAACCGAGGAAAUGGAAGCUGUUAUUAUAAUCGAUGUAUUGCGUCAAGCUGGGGCGGCCGUGACCGUGGCGUCGGUUGAAUCUGAGCUUGAAAUUGAAGCUUCUGGGGGUAUGAAAUUGGUUGCUGAUACCUUAAUCAGUUCAUGCUCCAAUGAAGUUUUCGACCUUGUAGCUUUGCCUGGAGGGAUGCCUGGCUCUGUAAGAUUAAGAGAUUGUGAAAUACUGCGGAAAAUUACCAGCACACAAGCUGAGGAAAAGAGGCUGUAUGGAGCUAUAUGUGCUGCUCCAGCAGUCACCCUUCUGCCGUGGGGUCUUUUAAGAAGAAAACAGACUACUUGUCACCCUGCAUUCACUGAUAAGCUUCCAACGUUUUGGGCUGUUAAAUCAAAUAUUCAAGUGUCAGGAGAGCUCACAACAAGUCGUGGCCCCGGAACAACUUUUGGGUUUGCCUUAGCUUUAGUUGAGCAGCUGUAUGGAGAGUCGGUCGCUAAGGAUGUUGGAGAAUUGUUGCUGAUGGAUUCUGAGAAUGACUGUCCUCGGAAGGAAGAAUUCAACAAAGUUGAUUGGUCUGUUGAUCAUACCCCUCGUGUUCUAAUCCCAAUUGCAAAUGGCUCUCAAGGGAUUGAACUAGUAACUAUUGCAGAUAUUUUGCGGCGUGCUAAGGUGGAUGUAGUGAUUGUGUCAGUUGAAAAGUCCCUCCAGAUUUUGACAUCAACAGGAACAAAAAUUGUUGCUGACAAGUUGAUUAAAGACGCUGUAGAGUCAACAUAUGAUCUUAUUAUUCUUCCGGGGGGAGCUGCAGCAGAUGAACGGUUUAUCAAAUCCCGGAUCCUUAGGAAGAUGCUCAAAGAACAAGAUUCUGCCAAAAGGAUAUAUGGUGCAGUCUGCUCUUCACCUGCAUUCCUGUUCAAACAGGGUCUACUGAAGGACAAGAGAGCAAUUGCUCAUCCAUCUCUGGAAACUAAGUCGACUGAUGGAGUAGAUACUGCAAAAGUAAUUAUUGAUGGCAAACUGAUAACGAGCAAGGGAUCUUACAAUGUGAUAGAUUUUGCAUUGGCUAUUGUAAGCAAGCUUUUUGGUCAUGCGAGAGCAAGAAGUGUUGCAGAAGGUUUAGUUUUCGAGUAUCCCCGAGUGGGAUAAUAUGCUGAUCACAUGUCCUUUUGCAAGUGGUUUUUAAGUAAUGGACAGUGCUCGAUAACAGUUGACACUGCCUUUAAAAGAAUCCAUCUAAGGGAGCAUAUUCAGCCAUCUUAUUGUCUGGAAGACUACCUUUAAAAAGUUGUCAGUGAUCAAUUUCAUUGUGAACUGCUGCAGCACUUCAAGCAUCGUGCAGGUUGAUUAUGUGUGAUGGCAGGAAGAAAGUAUGAUCAUCAAUAGAUGUGUACGUUUACUGAGCUUUCUGGGUAAAUUCUCACAUCUAUGACUGGAGGAAAUUUGGAUUGGAGUUGAUUCACGCAGCUGUUUGACUGGGAAGAUGGGGCAUAAAUGCUAUAAGUGGAUUGUGUGACAAAGGUUCAUUAUGAAAGCAUGAACCAAAAAUUUCUCUCCUUAAGCCCUGUAUGCACAUUAUUCUAGUAAUGUACUGGGGUUUCCACCAUUUUGAAGUAUUAAGCAGAUAGUUAUGCUAUGUUUAGAGUAGCAA